AUGGCGCGACCACGGCUCUCCCGGCUGUCCAUAUUCCAGGUGUCAUUCUGCAUGGCGUCACAGCAUGUAGCGGCGUGGCUCGCACUUAGUCCAACCGGGGAGUCGCUGAAAGUGUUGACCAUCCCCCAGGGUGCACAGGGCCCCGAGGAGAUACUUAAACAUUUCGGCCCUUCGGUCGAGCAUCUCAACGUACCCGUGCAGACCUUGGCGGCGUGCAUAUUUAACAACCAUCUGCGCAGCUAUACGUCGCUCCGCUUACUCGAGGUCUCCCUGGACGUCUCCGACUCCCCGCGCGACCGGUGGGACCUGCUUUUACGUCUCUUCCAGCACGCUAUUGUUGCGGACUACCUCCAUACCAUCACCAUCGUUUUCCGUCUCGAGCAUUCGCUACCGAGGGGGCUACGCAGUGCGCUGCAAUGGGACACGUUCAGUCUCAUCGAGGAAGAGCUGAGCAGCACGAAGUUCAACGCCCUGCGCACCGUCGAAAUCGUCGUUUUGUGGGCGGAAGAUUGGAGCAGGAGUUUAGAGCCGGAGGUGGAAUCUCUGUUGCGCAAGAUCCGCCGUCACCUAUCCCGUCUGUCCGCUCAGAAGACGUUAGUGACUAGGCACAUGGUACUUCAGGAGUCCGGUGCAAUGGAGUGUUAGGUAUACCCCAUACAUUCCCCAACGACACACACGACGGCCGCGUAGAAGAUCAAUCCAAGCUUUUUACGUAGGUCGCUUCAUCUUGGAAAUCAUGUUGUGCGCGUUGAAAAAAAUCGGGGCGACGUGCGGACAUCUGUACGUUGAACCGUGAACCUUAAUGAUUAUCACGAGGCCGCGGCGCUUUGCCAUUGACGCUCUUUGCCAGCGCAUUUGGCAGCCUGGUCAUCGAUCACCGCCUGCGCUCUC